UUCUGAGCACAAUAAACCUCGGUUUGUGGCGGAUUUGCUUUGAAAAGAAAAACUAUUCACCGAAAAAACGGCCAAAAAAACCCGCCUAAAUAACUUAGAUUUCUAAACCCCUACCCAAACAGCCUUCAUUCUAACCUAGAGAUAGCAGAGAAAGCUAGAACAAGGCAGGAUUUGGUCGUUUUAGAGCGUUUUAGAGAAAUAUUAGUAUUGAAAUUAAUAGUUAACCAUGGGACAGAGUGACACUGAGAGUACUUCUUCCUCAAUGCACGGAAAUCCUGGCUCUCCGAGAGACCCUUCGGCAAUUCUUUAUGAAGAUUUACAUGGGCAGUCUUCCCUAAGCCCUUUUACCAGCCGUGUAAGACCCACCUCACCAUCCACGUCCAGCGACAGCAGUGAACUAGACAACUCGGUGAUCAUUACUGACGAAAGAACCAAGUCUAGACAAAGAGAUAUACCCUUCAUUGACCUAACUGGAGCAGAACACAAUGAUAUAGGCACUAUGGAUGACGCAGAAAGAUCUAAUGAAGGUGCCAUAGAGGAGGUUAAUGGAAUGUACAAUGACUUUGCUGCUCGUGUACAGAGGCAGCUUCAUGUCACACGUGAAAGACUUGCCAGAAUAAGAACUGAACACCAUCGUCUGCGCUUACAUGCCUUAAGAUCUCGCAUGCAGAAUUGUCCCUACAUAACAACGUACAGGUCAGGGAGACGGCCAACACCCCAUUCUCUGACACAUAGACAGAGGCCCCAGGAACUGAACAUAGCUUCAACAUCAAGUGGUCCAGUCCGUGUGACCUCUCCUAUUACUAUUAAUGAUUCUCCUGUCAUGCCUGAAAGAAUUGAUCGCACUUUAUCACCUGAGAAUGUAGAAGAAGGUGCCCAUGGUGAAGAACCUCAGGGAGCCAACUCCGAGUCCUAUAAUCAUCAACCAGAGCAUCGGUAUGCAUGGCGUCGCCGCCUCAGUCGAGACAGUGUGCUUCAGCGCUUACAAGAUAGGCUAUCAUCCUGUAAUGAGGAAUCUGAUGAAGCAAUAGCAAGGCGACUGCAGGCUCAGUUUGAUCAAGAACUAGCAGACGAGCAGCCGCAGGUCCAAACAGCUGAGUCAUCCUUCCUUCCACAUGCCCCACCCGACCUUGCAGCUGGACCAUUGCCUUUACCCCUACAUUACCGCCGCCGACGUUACUGUCAUAGAAGACAUGGAAUAAGCUACAGUUUGACUUCUUCAAAUACACUUCCUGAUCUGCUGUUGCCUUUUGUGUCCAUGACGUCACUUCCUCCUCCACUGCAUCACUUUGAUCCAGUACAAAACCAUGGAAACGAAAACGAAGAUUAUGAAGCGUUAUGGAAUCUAACCGAACGCAUCGGACCAGCCAAAUCACGAGGGCUUAACAAAGAAGCCAUAGACCGCAUCCACUCAUUCCGUUACAGUGCGAGUAACAAAGAAAUGUCUAAUGGGAGUUGUGUUGUGUGCAUGAUGGAUUACAACAACAGAGAAAAACUAAGAAAGCUUCCAUGUUCACAUGACUUUCAUUCCAAGUGUAUAGAUAGAUGGCUCAAGAACAACCGCAGUUGCCCAGUCUGUCGUGAAGUCGUUUGCAGCUCUUAAAUUUCGACUAUGGAGUGCCACACGAUCGUCAUUGGGACCUCUUUUGCAUAAUGAUUAUAUAACGCCAUAUAUCCAUAUACACCAGUAGAGUGCAAACCAUAUAUCCGUGACAAAGUUAACUAACAAAAGAGGUCUACUACUGAACUUACUAGUUUCUGCAAAUUGGUGCAAUUUCUUACGACGCUUUUCACGGAUAUAUGAUAUAUACACCCUAUCCAUAUAAAGUAAUAUUGAUAAUGAAUACAAUUUUGUAAGUAGUUUGCCCGCCACUUUAAGAUCGAUAAAAUAUCGUUGUAAAUAUUGAACGAUCAUAGUCCGUGAUUGACAUAAUAAUAACAAGCCCCACUUUAAUCCCAAUAACUUGGCUAGGUUUCAUUUAUUGCAUUCACUAUAUAAGUAAUCUAUAUUUUUUCUAUGUAUUAUAACAGAUACACAUUUAAUAAAAGAUGGAAUAUGUUAGCCUA